AAAAUGCGUCUAGGAUCAACUGUGCCAAAUUUCAAGUGUGACUCGACAAAGGGUCCCAUUCAAUUCUAUGAUUGGCAAGGAUCAUCUUGGGUGGUAUUAUUCUCCCAUCCCGCUGAUUUUACACCCGUCUGUACCACCGAAUUGGGUCGCAUUGCCGUCCAUGCCCCCGAAUUUGCCAAACGCAAUACCAAGCUGUUGGCCCACUCUGUCGAUCAGCUGAAAUCUCAUGUCGAUUGGGUCAAUGAUAUUAAAUCCUAUUGUUUGGAUAUUCCCGGUGAAUUUCCCUAUCCUAUUUUAGCUGAUCCCACCCGUGAGCUGGCUGUACAAUUCGGUAUGUUGGAUGAGGAGCAACGUCAAGAUCCUGAAGUGGGUAAAACCAUUCGUGCCUUGUUUAUUAUUAGCCCCGAUCAUAAGGUGCGCUUGUCCAUGUUCUAUCCCAUGUCAACGGGACGUAAUGUAGAUGAAAUUCUCCGCUGCAUUGAUUCUUUGCAAUUGACCGAUCGUCUCAAGGUUGUGGCCACUCCUGCCAAUUGGACUCCCGGCACCAAGGUCAUGAUCUUGCCCUCCGUCACCGAUGAGGAGGCCCAAAAACUUUUCCCAAAAGGAUUUGACAAGGUUUCCAUGCCUUCUGGCGUUAAUUAUGUCAGAACAACUGAAAAUUAUUAA